AAAACAUAACAAUUCCGCAGUAAAAAUAAUAUUUUUACUCAGUUUUUUAUUAAUAUGGAAGAUAGUAGAAAAUAUCCUAUAGCCGAACAUAAAUUUCCUUAUGGGUCUGGCGACGAAUAUAAUUUUUUAAUAUUAACAUAUCACCAUUUUAUAAAAUAUUGUGAAAGUCUAGCUUCUUCAUUUUUUUCAGGUCAUGACACAGAAGUUCAGCGUAAUAUACUGCGCGCUAAUUUUGGCCUUUCAGAUGAAGAUAUUAAUAGUUGGAAAGAAAGGGCUUUACGCUACAACAUGUCAACUGAAAGUUUCACAUUUUUUCUACAUAUAGCAAUAUCCUCUGCGGUGGAUGGUUUCCAAGCACGAAGGAAAGAAUUAGAAACUUUUGUAGAUCACGUGACUAAAUAUAAGGAGACAUCUAGCAAAAAGUCCAAAAAAAUCGACAAAAAAAAGAAAAAGUCGAAUAAAUCCAAACACCGUUCCAUAAUUAAUUCUGACGUAGAUUCAGAUGAAUUAGAUGAUUUUCUUGAUAAGGCAAAUGAAGAGUUCGCUCAUUUUAAUUAUUCUUCCGAUGAUCGAGAUUCUAAUAUUAAUCGGCCGAUCGCGACAGCCUCUGGAUCAAAAAUGGAUGUUGAUCAUCCGAUUAAUACAAAUGAGUCAUCAAAUACGGUCUUACAAUCGGUACCUAAUAAGCCUCAGUCGCAGCCUAUACAAAUACCGGAGAAAAGUAUUACCGAUUCAACAAAGUCUUCAAAUAAAAAUAAGAAGUUGAAUAAACACCUUAUCGAAAAAGUUAUUACAGGUCAUAAGCCAGCUGAUGAUGAUACAUCAAUAGUUAGAGAUAUUCUUGUUUACGACGUCCCAGUAUCCUGGACGGCAGAAUAUAUUCUGCAACAGUUAAUGCUGUGGGGAAAGCCUAUCGAUAUUCAGAUGAAACAACAAAGAAAAUAUCAGACUGUUCGUUUGAAGAUAGAGUUAAGUACCUUUCGUCUUGCCCAAUUUGAAGUUAAUGAAAAUCCUGUGUGGACAACAGAUUUAUGGGGGAUACCGGUAAGAUGGUUUCCAGCAAGGUGGACUCUCAAAGAACGAAAACAACGUGAGAAAUUCCAAGCUACGAUUAGAAAAAUUCCAGAUUCUAUGACGUAUGCAGCCUUAUGGGUCGACCUUCUCCCACAUACUUUUCUUUCUUCGGUUAGAGGGUUGAAAAGUUUUAAAAUUAUUCAAACAGCUCGGGGUGAACGUAAACUUAUUGGUUAUUUCGAAAAGUGGGUUGAUAUGCGGAAUGCAUUAGAUAAUCAAUUUGUUUGGGAUCUUCAGUACCUAUCUUGGAACCGAUACGAACCUCCGAUGCAACAAACAAGGUCGCAUGGUAGUAAUGCCAACAAGAACCAAGGAACUUCAAGAAGUCAAUUGACUAACAAACAUCAACGAAAUUCAAAGAAUUUGAAGAAGAAACCAGAUGAGACGAAGUCUGAAAAGCCAAAGAAGCAAAAGAAAGACAAGUCCCGUAAAUCAUCGAGAUCGAAGGUCUUAGCGGAAGUUAUAGAUGUUUUGCGUAAAUUAAUAAUUUAGGUUUUAGAAUUGAGGGUAAAAUAGUGGUUCAAAGG